AUGAAUUCUCGUUUUAGUGUUUAUACUAGAGAUCCAUAUGAAACAACAGGAAUGCAAACAAUGUCUAAAACAAUGACAAGCACAAUGUCAUUCAGAAAGAGAGCUAUGGAAGAAUCUGGACUUGCUCGCAAAAUUAGAAGAGAUUUACACGAGCACGAUCCAGAUGCUGUCAAAAGAGCUAAAACACAACGAACAACAAAAAUUCAAAUGAAAAAAAUUUCAAGAGAUCAAAUCUUAUCAUUGUUAAUGAGCCAAGAUGCUGUCAAUACAGAAAAAAUACGCGAAAAUUUAAUAGAUUAUGCUACAAAUGAAAUGAAUUUAGAUAGAAAAACAGCAGAAUCAGUUUAUGGAAAUAGUACUCUUAUAACAACAGAAUCUAAUCCAAGCAAAUCAGUAUUCAGAAUCAGAAUCAAAAUAUAA